GGGGCGGGCUCCACCCCCAGGGCCGCCUCCUCCAGCCCGAGCCCGGCUCUCUCUGCGGGGCGUUGCGGUGCCGCCUCCCGCGUCAGUACCGCUCGGGGAGGGGGUGAGGAGGAGGCUCCUCGGUGCCGCGUCGGGAGAGAGACAAGCGGGGCGAGCGCGGCGGCGGCUCCUCCCGGGAACAAAGAGGGGAGCGCUGCAGCGAAAUGAGCAAAGUCUGAAGAGGCAUGGAUGUAACAUGAGUCCCUUUAAGUACUCAGAACAGAUAUAAAUUUUGCAAAGUUUAUUUUUUGGUAAAUUAGAUAAAAAUGGAUGAAUCGGCUUUGUUGGAUCUGUUGGAGUGUCCUGUUUGCUUAGAACGUCUUGAUGCUUCUGCAAAAGUCUUGCCUUGCCAACACACAUUUUGCAAACGUUGUUUGCUGGGCAUCGUGAGUUCUCGAAAUGAGCUUCGUUGCCCAGAAUGUAGGACUUUAGUUGAUUGCAGUGUUGAUGAACUUCCCAGUAAUAUUCUACUGGUUAGACUACUGGAUGGCAUCAAGCAAAGGCCCUGGAAACCUGGCACUGGUGGUGGGACUAGUUGCACAAAUGCAUUAAGAGCCCAGAGCAGCACUGUUGCUACUUGUGGUUCAAAAGACCCACAGAGCUCGCAAGGUGGACAGCAGCAAAGAGUACAAGCGCGGAGUCCUCCUGUUAGGGGUAUACCUCAGUUACCGUGUGCCAAAGCAUUGUAUACCUAUGAGGGAAAAGAACCUGGAGAUCUUAAAUUCAAUAAGGGUGACAUCAUCAUUUUACGUCGGCAAGUGGAUGAAAAUUGGUACCACGGAGAAGUCAAUGGCAUCCAUGGCUUUUUUCCUACCAACUUCGUUCAGAUUAUUAAACCUUUACCUCAACCUCCGCCUCAGUGCAAAGCACUUUAUGACUUUGAAGUGAAAGACAAGGAAGCAGACAAAGACUGUUUGCCAUUUUCAAAGGACGAUGUGCUGACCGUGAUUCGCCGAGUAGAUGAAAAUUGGGCUGAAGGAAUGCUGGCUGACAAGAUAGGGAUAUUUCCCAUUUCGUAUGUUGAGUUUAAUACAGCAGCCAAGCAGCUUAUAGAGUUGGAUAAGGCCUCAGGUUCUGCUGUUGACUCUGGAGAAGGUACCUCUGGGGCAUCCCACAACAAUUCAGUCCAAAAGCACACUGAUACAAAGAAGAACACCAAAAAACGGCACUCCUUUACCUCCCUUACCAUGUCCAACAAGUCCUCGCAGUCUUCUCAAAACCGUCACUCAAUGGAAAUUAGUCCUCCUGUCCUCAUCAGCUCCAGUAACCCCACAGCGGCUGCCCGUAUAAGUGAACUGACAGGCCUCUCCUGCAGUGCUCCUUCUCAGGUUCAUAUCAGUACCACAGGGCUUAUUGUGACCCCGCCCCCUAGCAGCCCGGUUACAACUGGGCCUUCAUUUACCUUCCCAUCUGAGGUUACCUACCAAGCUGCUCUUGGCAAUAUGAAUCCCCCCCUUCCGCCACCACCUCUUUCGUCUACCACAAUCAUUGCUUCAACAUCUUCAGGGCUGCCUUCUUCAGGAGUAGUACAAAGGCCUGCAUCAGGAACAACUGACCAAACACCACAUUUACGACCACAGUCUCGACCAAGUGUGUAUAUUGCCAUAUAUCCAUACAGUCCUCGAAAAGAGGAUGAACUGGAACUGCGAAAGGGGGAGAUGUUUUUAGUCUUUGAACGUUGUCAAGAUGGCUGGUUCAAAGGAACCUCCAUGCAUACAAGCAAGAUUGGUGUUUUCCCUGGCAAUUAUGUGGCACCAAUCACAAGGACGGUGACAAGUGCUUCGCAAGCAAAAGUCCCCAUGUCUACUGCUGGCCAGACAGCACGAGUGAUGACCAUGGUCAGCCCUUCCACUGCUGGUGGAACAUCACAGAAACUUCAGGGGAACAGCAUGACAGUCCAUUCCAAUGUGGUCCCAACUGCUGUCGUUUCUGCAGCACAUAUCCAAACUAGUCCACAAACCAAGGUUCUUAUGCAUAUGUCGGGGCAAAUGACCGUCAACCAGGCUCGCAAUGCUGUUAGAACAGUUGCAGUACACAGCCAAGAAAGACCUACAGCAGCAGUGAUGCCGAUACAGGCUCAAAGUUCAGCAUGCCUUAUCCCUGCAGCUGUGAUCAUUCCCCACCAUUCUGUUGCUUCCCAGCAACUCCAGCCUCAGCUUCCAAAUGCUGCUGCUUACGUCACUGCUGUGAAUAUCAACCGAUCAAAUGUUCCACUGGCUUGUGCAGCAGCUUCUUUAAACUCUUCCAGCAUCACCUCUGCAUCUUUGGAUGGAGACCUGAGUGGGAGAGCUGUGAGUGUUCACGCUGGGGUUCCUGCUUCUCCUGAAAAUGCUUUAGCAGCUGGUGGGAAUACUGCAGUCAGUAAACCAGACAAGGAUAGCAAGAAAGAAAAAAAAGGUUUGCUGAAGUUGCUUUCUGGAGCAUCUACCAAACGCAAGCCCCGAGUGUCACCUCCAUCAUCACCAACUCUGGAGGUUGAACAAGCAGCUGUAGAGAUGGCCCUGCAGGGCGCAGUAGGGCCUGAGGUUCCAUCAGCUGUCAGCCAUGGCAGAGCUGGAUCCUGUCCUGUGAACAAUGAAAUCUCUGCAGCAGCACUAGCACAGGAGACUCUGCAUCGGAAAACAAGUUCUUUGGAUUCCAGUAUUCCUGUAGCACCUCCCCCCCGGCAGCCAUGUUCCUCCUUGGGCUCAGUCCAGAAUGAAUCCAGGCCUGUUGUUUGUGAAAGAUACAGGGUUGUGGUCUCCUAUCCUCCUCAGAGUGAAGCAGAACUUGAACUUAAGGAAGGGGACAUUGUUUUUGUACACAAAAAACGUGAGGAUGGCUGGUUCAAAGGCACACUGCAACGAAAUGGAAAAACUGGCCUUUUCCCUGGCAGCUUUGUAGAAAACAUCUGAGAAGAUCCUUUUCAACAGAUGCAAAUCACACUACACUAUAAAAUAGCACAAAUAUAUUAGCAAAAAGAGUGCAGUCAUGGAAGACUUUCAAAUGACUGUAAUAUAAACAAAAUUAUAUAUAUUUCUCCAGUGUUCUAUAGCACAAUUGCAAGCGAACAAAGAUGAUGAAGGCAUCUGCUAUUUUUAUCACUUUGGAUUCUUAAGUGUAAUGUGUGCCUUGUACUGUCUCAUUUAUUAUACAGGGGAACUCUUUUUUCUUCAAAAAUGUUACACAAAUGAACCAUUGUUUACAAGGCUGUAACUAAUUUAUUCUUUCUUUAAAACUUGAAUUUUGUGUAAUAGCUAAAUUCUUGUGAUUAUGAUUUUAACAAAUUAUUAAUUUAUGAAAUGGUAGCUAAGGGGAAGCUGGAUUCUCUCCUUAUGAGUGAGUGAUUAUCUCUGACAUAGAGCCUCCCAUUUUUCCUCCUGACUUUUUUCCCCACUGUAUAUGACAGUGGUAUUAGUCUUUGUUUUAUGGGUUAAUGUUGAGUUGUGGUGUCAAACUGAAAUUGCAAACUGGGAAAAAAAUGGAAUUGUGUGGUUUUUUACUUAGGACAGAAUAUAUCAGUUGUUCUUGAGUCUAAUUCUAUUCCUUAAUAACUGCCCAAGCAGUGUAACAUUUCUGGAAGGCAAAGGCAUAACAGUGCAACUGAAUAAACCUCAACAAUCUGAAGGAUGGGAAGGAAGAAAUUGAGAGGAUGCCAAUAAGAAAUUCCCUGUAGGUUCUGUUUGUUCAAGAAUUUGGAUAGAUGAACAAAGUUUAACUUUGCAUAUUUGGCUAGUUCUUUGGGCAUUUAGUACUCUCAGGAUGUAACUGAGAUAAAACGAAUGUUAACGCUCAACAGUAGAACAAAUUAUAUUUGGGAAACACUUCUAGUUUGCUAACAGCGACUUAUUUCCUAGGGUUGAACAUUUGAGUAAAAUUCAAGUUGUAUUCAAUGUCUAAAAAUGCCUAAGAAAUAUAAUUUGCUUUGGGUUUGUUUUUUUUCAAAGUGAUCUGCAUGGCCAGGAGACAUUUUAAAAUGUUUGAGCAAUAGUGAUGGUAAGUGAUGCACUUGUGUUAAAGUAAAAGGCUGUAAAGAGACACUGUGAAAACUUUGCUAAAUUUUUAACUGUUGCUACUUUGAUACAUUCUGACUUUUUCAUUGUCUUGCAUGUAUUAUUGAAGUCUCACAGUAAUGUAAACUGUGCAUGAUUUGUAUUUUUAAUUCCAAUUUCCUGUUGUGGGUUAUUUUGCUCUGGAAUUUGCCCAUUGCAGGGGAUAUUAAGUAAACCAGCAUUCUGUUGUAGUCCAAAAUCCACUGACCAAGACUAGUGAGUGACUCACUCUCAACACUGUAGGUGCCCAGUGUUUGAGUCAAUAAUAAAAUAUUUUUACAUCACUCCAGGUGAUAGGUAUAAAGAAGAAAUCCUGCAAGGAGAACACUACUUUUACUCUUUAUGGGUUUUGUGAGAGGUUUGAUGCUGGUGAACCCACAGCAUAUAGCUGGGACAGCAUCCAGCUGAGCUUGUCUUUUUUACUGUUGCUUAAUUAUAAUGGUUUCAUUGCUCUCACUUGCAAAGUACUAAGCACCAUCAAUUCCCAUAAAAGUCAAUGGAAGUUGAGGAUGUUCAGCAUCUCACAAAGUGGGGCCAGCAGUGUGAUGUGAUGUUGUGCAACACACAGAAAGAAGAAUAUAUUAGCUGGUGAUGAAUUAAAUCAUUGGCAUAACUUCUGAUUAAAAUGCAACUGAAAUUUUAAUGUUAUAAAUUACAAAAGGAAGAAUAAUAAACAUUAACCGUAAGGAUUUCUUGCAAUAUCAGGUAGUGUCAUGAUGGUCUUAAAAAUAAAUAUCUAUAAAUAUAUAUAGCUGGAAAUGACAACAUUCCUAAGCUAACCAUCUGUAUGAAACACUGUACAAUUCAAUUCUUGUGCUUUUAAAUAUUUUUAAAUAAUUUACUUGAAUAUUCAUGUAAUAUAUUAAGGUUUUGUGAAAUGAACUUUAGUUAGGAAGAAGCUGUCAUCAGCUUUCAUCAGCAUAAAUUGACACUAAUGUGUCAAAAUAUUCUUAUUUUGGGAAAUUAGUGCAUUUUAUAUUUAAAAAAAAAGACUACUAAAGGUUUAAAAAAAAACUUUUUUUUUCUAGCUCUCUACUCUCCAUACUUUGUGACUAAAGUACCUCUAUUCAUAAGGUGUAAAGUCAGUUAAAAUAUCAGCUGUUACUAGUUCUGUUAGAUUAAAUACAUUUUCUAUUGACUUUUUAAAGACACUAAAUUAAUGUUUUGUAACAAGGGCUUGUUACACAACAGUGCAACAAUGAUUAAAAAUGCAGUUUAUCAUGCCUUUCUUGUGAUAUUUGUAGGGUUGGUUUUUGUUUUUCUGGAUUAAGUCAGCGUAAAAACAGACAAACCCUGUGCAUUUGUUUUGUGUAAUUCCAUAAAGAAUUUUUGUAAAAUAUUUUGUGUCUAUCUUUGUGGUCCAGGAAAUGUUAAGUGUUGAUUUACUGUGUUAAGCUUCUAUUCCUAAUAAAUAUUUUCUUAGCAAACAGCUUAAGCAGAAAGUGUAUGCAAAAAUUAAAUAGAAAUUACUUAUAACAAGUUUACAAAUAAAACUAACAAAACUUAAUUUCAGAA